GUCAGCAACCUCUUUCAAUGCGUUGACACAAUCACUACCGCAAUCUUUGGGCUUCCAUCAUAUGCCAUGGCGAGUACGGUUGCACUCGUUGAUGAAAAGGGUCUCGAUCGGAUACCCACGGAUAAGACCGCCGGGAGCAGCGGCAAGGGACCGUCAGACACUUUGCCCAACAAUGACUCAGGCAACAACAGGGGUUGGCUCUUCCCAGCUCUUGAGACUGUCUCGUCAUACAUUCCGAUUCCAAAGGCCUCAAGUUUGACCUCUUGGUAUUCUACCGAAGGAAAGCAGCGAUCCGAUGACAUCGACAGGUGGCUCGAGGCAGAAGGUAUCCGGUCGCAAAGAUGCUUCAGGGCUAUUUUGCUGGGUGACAGGGAUCAGACGCAAAUCUUUUGGAAACAAUCACGCCUUCUGUCUGAGCCGCUAUCGGAGGAGGAACAACAAUCGCUUCGGUGUGAGGUCAGACGAGUCUUUCUGGAACAGUUCUGGAACCAUCUCACUGAGCGAAUCGACCGGCUUGAAAAGAAGCAGCAAAAUUCGGAAGCUGAUGAGCCAACGAGUAACUUGCUGGAGAUGCUGCAACAAACUUUGGAGACACAAGAUGGAGAAAGCGAUACAGCUCAAGCUGAAAGAUUGAUAUCCAUGUGCCAGGAUUCAGACUUCCAAGAGGCUUUUCAGCAGGAAAGAAGCAUUCUAGAGGAGAAAGACGGAGAAUUACUUGGCAUCGAACAAUCCAAGAUUUCGACUUGCACCUGCGACGCAGACAGCUUCACUCUCAGCCAGUUGCAAAGGGUCUUUUCUCCCAACUACCAAGCCACCGAGCAUGACUGGUUUCACUUUGACCAUCGGUUCCCAUCCAUGGUCCGCGAGACUCAAGUCAACAUGACCGACUACUCACUAGCAAUCACCGACGUCUUGAUGAAUUCCUGUCGAAGAAGCAGAUGGCUGCAUCUCUACGAUGAUUGCGCCUGCAUGCUCUUUGUCGCCGACAUUUCCCGCUACUGGAUACGCGUCGAGGACGCCAUGGACUACGAGAAUCACGAUCUCUUGAAGGGCACCAUUCUCACUUUUGAAAGCAUAGCAAACUCGGAACGGUUGUCGAAAAAGCCUUUGCAUCUGGUUCUGUCGAAUAUCACGGCUUUCAAGGCGCAGUUGAUUAUUCAUCCCUUGGUUGACUCUUUUCCUGAAUAUACUGGGACAAGCGACGAGGAGGCGAUUCAGUUUGUGGUCAAGGAGUUUUUGGCCGUUGUUAAGAAGCGUGAAGUUGUAAAUGUCUCUACUUCCGACAUUACAGCUCUUACGGGUAUUGGAAAGGUUCUUGAUGACUUGGAGAAGACGGUUCUCAAGCCUUUGGUUAAGGAGCUGGCGGACCAAAGUGUCUCACACUAG